AUGCAAUUAUGGUCGACCCGGUUUCCACCGCGCCGUUGCAGGCUAAGGAAGCCAUACAGUGGUCGAGCCCGGACCGCCUGCACUUACAUCUUGAGAGGUGGCGAUGUCAUCAAAGCAGCUGAAACCCAGCGAUAUGUGCAGGUUCGACAUUACAUAACGAAUCGACGAUGGAAAGGCACCGCCUGGUCGCUGCUCACCCACCCACCCAACACCUUCCAGCACAGAUCUGUGCGGGAUGAUGGGUUUAAGGGCAACCGUAUGUCGAAAGAUGAAGACCUUGAGAAGGCAAAACUCGGCAUAGACCCUCCGUAUGCGCCAGUCCGUCGUUGGGCACAUGAAGCUACCUCAAAAAUCCUCGAAGAAAACGAAAGGCUGUCUCCAAAACCUAUAACAAUGGGUAUUCCAGCCUCGAAUGUUUAUCUCUCGAUCCAAGCACUCAACAAUGCACAAUCAGCCGGACUGAGAACCCGUUGCAUCGCAAUUUCCCCGGACCAAAACAGGGGAGAAGUGAGGACUAUUGACGAGCCCCAUCUUCCACAAGGAGAGAAAACAUUCUUUGAGCUCCCCAGGCUUAACUUGACCAGGUUGAAUAAGGACUGCACCCGAACUCUUCAACUCGACGAACAAGACACGGAAUGUAUAAUGAGUGCUCUUCUUUGCUGUGACGCUACUAUUGCUCUGAGCCCCACCGGGUCUGGCAAGUCAACUCAAAUUCCCCAACUUAUACUCGAUAGCCCACUGCUGAAUGAAACUGCAACGAAGAUCAAGAUCAUAUGCUCCCAACCAACGCCUUCCUUGGUUCACUUGGUAGCUUCUAAAGUUAUCUCUGACCGGAGUGGGAAGCAGGUUGGGUCCGUUGGGUAUGAUCUUUAUGAAGAAAGCGACCUGCCGAAAGCCAACGGAAGUAUCACCUACUGUACAUCUGCAAUUCUUUUGAGACGUUUCUUAGAGGAUCCGGAUCGUUUUCUUUCAGCAUUCUCCCAUGUCAUCAUUGAUGAUGUUCAUGAAAGUCAAGGAGACACCGAGUUGGCCCUCACACUCCUCCGUAGAGGGAUUCGCGAGAGGAAAGCCGCUGGCAAUCAGUACCCUAAACUCAUCCUUAUGUCGGCAGCGCACGAGGCGUCCAGCCUUGUCAAGUAUCUAGGAGACCAUAGCGGAAGCGACUCUGCGUUGACUGUGACGGAGCUGAAGUUAGGUGGACCCGCCUUUGAAGUACAACGACACUACCUCUCUGAUAUUCUAUCAGAGCACUCCGAUGUACCAUCUGAGUGCAUGCCGCUCGUGUUGGAUGAAGAAUACCAAGAAAACACCCAGAACUUCAUCCAAGGAGAAUUAGCCUUCACAAAACUCCAGGCUAGCGAAGAAAAAUAUCCACGGUUCAACUUCCCAGCGUUCAGGCGUUCGGCAGGUGAGGGAGUAGUCGGACUAGCAGCAUUGACAGUCUCUCAUCUAAUCGCGAACAAAACCCCGGGAGAUAUCCUGGUUUUUCUGCCCACCAAAAAAGACAUCUCGAAAAUGACAAAAUUACUUCACAAAAUGUGGCCAGCACCUGUCAAUGUUGAAAAGUCGAGCCGCCUUGCUGUUCUGUCCUAUGAACAACUGCAAGAGUCGGAUAUCGUGCCAAUGGAAGCAGGCUGUGUUCGAGUCGUCUUGGUUACGAGCAACAUAGCACCUUCAGUCAUGCUACAGAACGUGACCCACGUCGUGGACAGCGGACAAAUUGAGACAAACUCCACGAAUGGCAGUAGUUUAAAAGAGCGCAUGAGCUGUACGGAUCUGGACACGAGCUAUGAGUAUAAAGGUCCAAUAUCAGGGCGCAGUAUCACCUGGAUUAGCCAAGCUGAUGCACAAGCGAGGGCAGCUCUUGCAGGCUUUGCUAAAGGGGGUCACUAUUAUGCACUCUACACUUCACAGCGCGAAAAGGUAUUUCCUGAGCACAACAUUCCAGGAAUCGAUCAGAGUGAUCUUGUACAAGAAAGUUUGAUGUUGUCCGCUGCAGCAAUAUCCUAUGACCCGAUUCAAAUAUUCCAGGAGAUGCCACAGCCACCAAGAUCUAAGGUCGCUGAGAGUGCAUUUCGCAAAUUACGAACGCUCGACGCAUAUACCCAGGACAACAGGAUUACAAAUCUCGGGCUUGCGAUGAGCCACUUUUCACUCCAUCCCUCUGUAACGAAAUCUCUAUUGUUAGGCGCACUCUUUGGCUGCCUAGAGCCGAUGAUAAUCCUGGCAUGCCUUAAUCCAUCUAAUACUCUACUCGAUCAUACAGGUCUUAUUCGCAAUCGAGAUCCCAAACAACAGCGAAAGCAUAGUGACAGUGAUCCUGUCAGCCAGAUAGAAUGGUUUCAUCGAUAUGCCGAAGGUUUGAGGCAUCAUAACCAUCGUAAACGGCGAAGAGCUGAGGACACAGGAGAUGUCGAACACUCAACAUUCCUCACAAUCAAGGAAAGGAGCCAACGAAUACUUAUGACCCUGAGGAGACUUGGUGUUGGGAUCAACCACGGAAAAGGCGAGAACAUCGAUGGCUUGGGUUGGAUUCCGGAUAGUCUGAAUUUCAACAAGAAGAACAAGGCGCUCAUCCUAGGUAUAUGUCUCAAUACCACUCAUCCGAAUAUAGCUAUAUGGGACACGUCUGUUGAUGGGACACAACAAGAAUGGAAAGAUGCGUCCUCUUACCAUAACAAAAUUGACCCUCAUAGUACUGUCUACCGCACAGCUAGGCUCUUCGACGAUAACCCGGAUUUGCCUGCCACGGGCAUCAAAUUCGGUAGUGCUCCUAGCCAACCCACCGAAGUAUCAUACCUUCGAUCACAAAGAAAGAUGCUUUCAUACCGGGGGAAAAGAAUAACUGGAGCAGGUUCGGAUUCGCGACUGUUGACUAAUCUGGAGCACGUCAGUAUGCUAUCGCCAAUGCUGGCAAUUCUCUUCCACCCUGCUACAGCACUUGAUCCCAGGGGGCAUAUCGUACUGGAUGGAAGAAUGAACAUCAACCUCAGCAUUGAAGACACUGUGGAUCAUGAAAUCGAAUCUCAUGCCAAUCAGAUCCUCAUAGGGUUUAGGGACAUCCUCCAAGGGUUUUGCCAGCAAGCUUUUUCGCAGCUCAACAUACCAUCACCCAGUAGUCUACAGGUAUCUGGAAAUGUUGAGGGGGGAAAUCGAGAUCUCGCAGAUCUCUCUCCACCUUUCGAAAGCAACCUGCGCAGUACCAUGGUCAACAUGGUCGCCAAGGUCUUAGAAGACGACAGAGCCUACUGGCAGUCACCCGCGAAGGUUCACAGUAACCCAGCGAGGCAGGGUUCAGAGAAACCACCCAGCACGGCAAAGGACGAACUAGUGACCGCAAGGAGAGAUGGCGCGUUCAAAGUCACUGCCGACAUUCACCGGUUAACUCAGCAAGCAGUGCAAGACGAGGAAAAGUACGACGAGAUGGUGUCCAUGCGUUCAAAUGGGUUCCGAAGGGUGUGGUCAAAGAAUGUCGGGCGAGACCAGGACAAGCGCUUUGGAUAG